AUGCGGUUCACUCUUGGUGCGGCUCUGAGCCUGCUGGCUUCCACUGCGCUGGUUGCUGCUCAGACAUAUACCGACUGCAACCCCACAGAGAAAUCAUGCCCACCUGAUCCCGCGUUUGGCCAAUCCGACAAGACAUUUGAUUUCACAAGUGGUGCAUCGGGGGCUUUUACAUCGAUUGGAGCUGUCACCUAUGACAAUGCUAAUGGCGCAACCUUCACCAUCUCCAAGCAAGGUGACGGACCACUGAUUCAGUCCGGCUGGUACAUCAUGUUCGGCCGUGUGGAGUUCAAGAUCAAGGCGGCAGCAGGAACCGGAAUUGUGAGUAGUGCAGUUCUGCAGUCCGAUGAUCUGGAUGAGAUCGACUGGGAAUGGCUGGGCGGCAACAACGCGCAAGUCCAGACCAAUUACUUUGGCAAGGGCGACACAACCACCUUCAGCCGUGGCGCUUUCCACGAGAAUCCCGGAAACCAUGAUGACUUCCACACCUACUCCAUUGACUGGACAAGUGACCAGAUUGUGUGGGCAAUUGAUGGGAAGACUGUUCGUGUUCUCACACCUGAGACGGCAGACAAUCAGUACCCACAGACGCCAAUGAUGAUCAAAGUUGGCGUGUGGGCUGGCGGCGACCCAAACAAUGCACAGGGCACGAUUGAUUGGGCUGGUGGUCGGACCGACUACAGCCAAGGCCCAUUCAAGAUGUACAUGAAGUCGAUGACAGUGACUGACUACUCCACCGGCACUUCGUACAGCUACGGCGACAGGAGUGGCUCAUGGAAAUCGAUCGUUGCGGAAGGUGGUAAAGUCAAUGGCAACAAAGGCGCUGAACCCGCGGCGACCCAGUCCGCACCAGAAAUCACUGCAACCGUCGACAGUGCCCCUGUCCCCUGGAGCGGAACCCACAGAGAGACGUCUUCCUGGGUCACUCCCGAUGUCUGGCCCUGGGUAGCUUCUGGCUCUCCCACGGCCUUAUCGACAGGAUACCAGUAUGAUUGGGAGUCUGCGUCUGGCCAAAACAAGCCACCAAGCGGCGGCUCAAUGAGUGAGGAUUCCCCCGCCUGCUCUCCAGCGUCUUUCUCAAGAUCAUCCGUUAAUACCGAGUCUCUUUCCUCACAGUAUACCUUCCGCUCUACGUCAGCGGCAUCGCCUUCAUCUUCGGUUGCCUUUUCCCACUCUGGCGUUGAGACCACGCAGGAAACCUCGAUCCCGUUGGUGACGCAGACAAUCUCUUCGACAGAAUCCACAACUGACACUACUUUUACUACAACGCUCCCUCAAGGCAUUGCGACGAAGGCUUCCGGUCUUCGCAGCACCCCAUCAGCUGGCAACGCAGAUAGCCAGGCCAAGGUUCCUGCUAUGGCGGGUGUCCUGUCUCCCCUGCUUUGUGGUAUUGUUGCACUGCUUUAA